AAUUAAAACACACACCAUAACAUAACAUGCACCUUUCACCGCUUUCACUUUUAAUCCUAAAUAGAAACGAUUUCAAAUUCAUCCCCUUUAACGUCGUUAUAAAUAUAAUUUAAUUUAAUCACCAAAUUUCUAUAAAUAAUCACUCUCAUAACACUCAAAUUUAUUCAAACUUUUAUAUAUUAUAACCCACAAAAUGGCACCCUCUUUCACCUCCUUCUUCUUUCUCUUCUCCAUCCUCUUUCUUCUCACUCUCUCUAAUCUGCAUUCGGCUGAGGGUGCUUCAAACUUACGUCCUUCAGAUUGCAAGCCGAAAUGCAGUUAUCGAUGCUCGGCAACAUCGCACAGGAAGCCAUGCAUGUUCUUCUGCCAAAAAUGUUGUGCAAAAUGUCUGUGUGUACCUCCAGGGACAUAUGGAAACAAGCAAGAAUGUCCAUGCUACAAUAACUGGAAAACUCAGCAAGGAGGUCCCAAAUGCCCUUAAGAGGCCAAAAAAUAUAAGACCUUUUCUUUUCUCCUACCUUCAUUUUUAGUUUCAUUAUUUCUUUCUUUGUGGAUUUUAUUUUCUUCCUUUGUCAGAGUGGGAGAUCGGAGAAAAAAACUGCUCAAAUUUGACCCGUAUGCAUUUCCAUUAUUGAUGGUCAUACUAGUGACUUGAAAAUAAUGUUUCAUAAAAGUAUUUUUAUGCUCUAGUAGAAAAAUUAUUAACCACAAUGAGUAGACCUACUUUAUUUACACAUUUGAA